AAUAAUAAUAAUAAUAAUAAUAAUAAUAAUAAUAAUAAUAAUAAUAAUAAUAAUAAUAAUAAUAAUAAUAAUAAUAAUAAUAAUAAUAAUAAUAAUAAUAAUAAUAAUAAUAAUAAUAAUAAUAAUAAUAAUAAUAAUAAUAAUAAUAAUAAUAAUAAUAACAAUAAUAAUAAGAAUAAUAAUAAUAAUAAUAAUAAUAAUAAUAAUAAUAAUAAUAAUAAUAAUAAUAAUAAUAAUAAUAAUAAUAAUAAUAAUAAUAAUAAUAAUAAUAAUAAUAAAAAUAAUAAUAAUAAUAAUAAUAAUAAUAAUAAUAAUAAUAAUAAUAAUAAUAAUAAUAAUAAUAAUAAUAAUAUUAAUAAUAAUAAUAAUAAUAAUAAUAAUAAUAAUAAUAAUAAUAAUAAUAAUAAUAAUAAUAAUAAUAAUAAUGAUAAUAAUAAUAAUAAUAAAAAUAAUAAUAAUAAUAAUAAAAAUAAUAAUAAUAAUAAUAAUAAUAAUAAUAAUAAUAAUAAUAAUAAUAAUAAUAAUAAUAAUAAUAAUAAUAAUAAUGAUUUUAAUAAUAAUAAUAAUAAUUAUAAUAAUAAUAAUAAUAAUUAUAAUAAUAAUAAUAAUAAUAAUAAUAAUAAUAAUAAUAAUAAUAAUAAAAAGAAUAAUAAUAAUAAUAAUAAUAAUAAUAAUAAUAAUAAUAAUAAUAAUAAUAAUAAUAAUAAUAAUAAUAAUAAUAAUAAUAAUUAUAAUAAUAAUAAAAAUAAUAAUAAUAAUAAUAAAAAUAAUAAUAAUAAUAAUAAUAAUAAUAAUAAUAAUAAUAAUAAUAAUAAUAAUAAUAAUAAUAAUAAUAAUAAUAAUAAUAAUAAUAAUAAUAAUAAUAAUAAUAAUAAUAAUAACAAUAAUAAUAAUAAUAAUAAUAAUAAUAAUAAUAAUAAU